UAUCCCGAACAUAAAUCUACAUUCAUUGUCAAACCCGAUAGUGGCACCCAAGGUAAAGGAAUCUACCUAUUUCAAUCUCCUCAAUUCUAUGCUAUACGCCCACCGUUUGGUGAACAAGAUUCAAAAGGGGAAAAACGGCACAGUUCGAGCACCACGGUUUCGGAAAUGGGAGAAGAAACACGUGGACAGAAUAUCAACGGACUGUUACCCGCACUUGACGUAGUACAGCGUUACGAGCCCAGUCCUGUUUUACUACUGGGUUGCAAAACUGAUUUACGUAUCUAUGUAUUGAUUGAAUCGAUUUCGCCACUGAGAAUCCAUGUCUACCGUGAUGGCUUGGUUCGUCUAGCCAGUCGUCAGUACGAGCAGCCAAGCAAAUCUAACUUAGGUAAGAGCACAAUGCACUUGACAAAUUACGCAAUCAACAAACUGAAACAACCAUCUUUUGGUGCCAAUUCAACACUGCAAGAAGAGGAAAAGAUGGAUGAAUGUAGUCAAGUUAUUGAAACUGUGGACAAAGGGACGGGAAUAUCCACGAUCGCAACAACAACAACUAGUGCCACUGCUAUGACAACCACAACUUCUCCAUCAUUAACCUCUGCGGCUAUUGAUAGUAAUCACAAAGAAAACACGGCACCUCAAGCACAAUGGCGUUGUAAAAAAAGUCUAUCCAGCCUUCUAUCUAACAGUCCCAACGAUCGCGGCUUGUGGAGUCACUUGGAUGCGAGGAAACUUUGGUGCGAAAUCGAUGAUAUAGUUCGAAACACAAUAUUUGCCCUAGUUCCGUAUUUGAAAGUAUCAUACUGGGCCACUUUCGGUCGCCCAGCAAAACCGACGGAUGUUUACAAUAUGGGAAAGCCGUCUCCUCAAGGUCCUCACUGUUUUCAGAUUAUCGGUUUUGAUUUUCUGCUACUUGAACCUGAUGCCAGGCCAGUUCUGUUGGAGGUAAACAGCAACCCCAGUUUACGGACCGAUGCGUUACACAGUUUUCUUUUUCGAUCACCACUUCAUUCAAACACGCCGGAGAACAAUUUGCCGUUGGAAGGUUUUCCCACACCUCCUUUGCCUAAGCGACUAUCACGGGCUUUUUCUCCUUGUGGUCCUGUAGCUGAGGCUGCGACAAUAUUAUCGCGUAUCAUGGGAGACCGAUAUGCUCAAUUUGAGCGCAGCAUUGUGGACGAGCAGAUCAAAGGCGGAUUGGUUAAAUCCACAUUGGAACUGAUUGCUAAUCGAGUUCGUGAACAACGCGCUAGACGAACCAGCUACUCAACACCGCCAGUCAAGAGUAACAAUCACAGUUCGUUGAUGCUAAACCAAUCCAGUGCAACCAGCCGCAGUAGUUCCGCCCGAAAUAGUAUACCUUACGCCAAAACACCAUUGCAGUUACCCCUACUACCUCACACACCCGAUCGGACUGGUCGAGAGAAAAAUAAAUCCAAUCACUCUUCACCUAGUUUAGUCCCGUUAACACCGAAUCUGCGUAAACCCGUCAGUCCUACACCAUCGCCCAGUUCAUUUGUUGGUGAUUCGUUUAACCUAGGCUACGGGUUGCUUGGAGGACAAUGCCUUAACCCGGUGACCCCAGGACUUCCCGAUAUCUCAACGUCUGAUUGUUUUCCGGAUGAUUCUUUUAUUAUCUCGUCGGAUCGGAAUAGUAACGCUUUGCGGAAAUUUAGACAAAGACCAAAGCUGCCUCGGCUUACUUCUGAUUUGGAAUACGGGACAACUGUAACAUCCGAUACGAAUCGACGUAGCAUAUCCCGAGUAUUGAACACUCCGCGACUGUCCAGCUUAAGCAGUCCACAAAAGCAAACAAACAUGGGAAAUGUCCAGCUGAGUCGAUUACCGGGUGAAAUUCACCGAGCCAGUUCUCGCCGUUCUCGGAUGCCAAUCCUCGUGGACUGUAAUCGUGAUCUGUCCGUUUCCAGACGAGAUUUGCAGAAUCAAACGGACAGCAUUUGGCCUAGCAGAGAACGUGUGACAAACAUGAACCAGCAGAGCUUUCAUGAAUCUUCACCCAUUAUACGGUUUGUAAUACACCAUUACAACACAUUUUGCAUCCUAUCAAUCAUCCGUAUCGUUUGUAUCACACAUUCUAAAUGGUUUCCUGUUGAACCGAAAUCUUUUCCAUCAAGUUCAGUGGUUUAA